CACUAAAGAAGGAAUGUCAAAGUGGCAAACAGCUGUUGAAACAGUGAAUGGAGAUGCCACAUCAACAAAAUAAACCAAUAAAUGCCGACAAAUGUCACAGUUAUUGUGAUUGAGUUUCUAAAUGAUAAGGGAAGAGAGUGCCCAGUCAAAGAGAAACAGAGAGUCCCCGCAUAAAAAAACGUGCUACUUUUAUUUGUUUACAACAGAACUGAAUUAAAUACUAGAAGUAAGGAAAGAAAUUCUUAGAAUUAUUUAUAAAAUCCUCCACACAUCAUGGCCGAAGUCCUCAAAGAGAUCCAAGAACGAGAUCUGCCAGAAUAUGAGUCAAUUCAGGCCAGUGGCAUUUGCUCCAGCGAUGAGCUACGCAAAUUAAUGGUGGAACGUGAACGCUACGAAAAGAAAUUAAUCCAAAGUAAAAAAAGCAUCAUAAAUUACAUUGAAUACAUUCAAUUCGAGAAAAAUACGCAUAAAUGGGUAACGGAGAAGGAGAAUCAACUGCAUUGUUCCCUUCCCGAUGUCAAGCGUUCAAUAAUUCAACGUAUCAUCAAACUCUAUCGCAAUGGCACGCAACAGUUUCCACAGGAGGAACGUCUGUGGAAAAGUUUCAUACAAUUCAGCAAGAAAUCGAAUCCAGGACAGGUUUCUGGUAUUUAUGAGAAAAUGUUGGGGUACCAUGGCGACAAGGACACCGUGUGGUGUGAUUAUGGUCUGUGGGCCUAUGAAUUUACCCAUCAGCUAAAGCAAGUCACCGAAAUCUUCUUUCGCGCCCUAAAACGCCACCCCGCCUCAGAAGUUAUUAAUUUGGCAUUCUUCGACAUACUCAUCAAGGAAACGGCACGCAUUACCGAUGUCAGCAAUGCCAUUGAUCUUAUGGAACGACAGCUAGGUUUGGAAAGAGCCGUUGUCCUCUAUCGUAAUACCAAAACGAAAAUAAAAAACGUCGCCUAUUAUCUAAAACUACUGGAGAGAUGUGAAGAGCCCAGCUACAUAAAUUGUACGGUGCUUUUGCAAAAGGAAAUAGUUGAGGAUCUAAUGAAGAAUUUCUUUGCCGAGCCAAUGGUGUGGGAUUUUUUGGCUCAGCGGGAAUUGAGGGGCUACAAUAUGAUCGAUUUACAGGAGGUCACCGUACAACAGGUUGCCGAAUUACAGGAAAGACAAAUGGAAACGGAUGAAGUCAAUAUACCUCAUGAGAGUAUCUGGAAGAGUCGCAGUCUUAAGCUACGUAUUGAGCUGUGUUUUAAGGUCUAUGAAAAGGCCGUUGUUGCCCUGCCCACCGAGGCCAUGUGGUCGUAUUUCAUAAAUGCCAUGUUGGAUCUGAAUCAUGACAUAAAAUCGGAGGGAGAUGUGAAACGUCAUUGUCUGGCCAAGGCCUUUAACAUGGGUCACAAGUCCCAGCUAAUGAGCAUAGUACACUAUCAAGCCCUAGUGGAAAUGUUACUCAAGUCUCCCAAUGGCCUGCAGCAAGUAGAAAUCAUACUUCAAGAAGCAUUGGAGUGCAAAAAAUCUGAAGCCAACAAAAUCUAUGAGCUAUGGAUGCAGGUGUACAGUAAAACCGGUAAUCAAUCAAAAUUCUAUGAAAUCUUUUGUCGGGCCAACAAUGAAUUGGGUGUCACAAAAUGCAUAGAUCUGUGGCAUUUGGCCAUAAAAUUCUACGAGGCCUACAGUGAGGAGCAUGGCAAAAAGUUAAUGGUUAUUCUUCAAGAGGCAGCAAAACAAAUUCAUCCUGAAUUUGCUACAUUCCGUGCAUAUUAUUUGGAGUAUACAAUGCGUAAUGAAUCGCUGGCGAAAGCCCGGGAGUUGUAUGAUGAAAUGUGCCAAAUGCCACCGCCAUGUUUGGACUUGCACAAGAAAAUGAUUGAAAUUGAAUUGCAGGCCAAGACAAAGUCAACACCCACCUCCCGUCUACGUUUGUGCUAUGAAAACGCCGUCCAUUACUUUGGCAAAACGAACACAGAUGUCUGGAUAGAUUUACUUAAAUUCGAACGUGACAUGGGUGAUUUAAAACUGGUGUCUGUCAUCUAUGAUAGAGCAAAAUCUACCUUGGACCCCGAACUGGUAGAUUCAUUUAUAGCUGAAUAUUCUCUCUUGAAAGUUUUAGAAUGACAUAGCAAUUAUGCUCGUAGAUUUUUUGUUUCUUUUAUAAUCUGACUAGAUUACUUAGUAUUUAUUUAAUGUAAAUAAAUUUAAUAUUUUUUUCCUAAGAAAAAAAAACAA